GUGAGUCAGGGCAGGGAGGGCGGGGCCGUGCUGGCCGCUGCUUCUGGCCCUUGGCCCUAGUCCCCCUCUCGGGCCCCUUAAGUUGCAGCUACAACGUUCUUGGCGCUUCUCCGGGUGUUGGGCUCUUCCCUACUUGGAUCGUGUCCUAGGAAUGUCCUAACUAUUCCCGUGGGGAGAACUUCACCCUAAGCCCGGCAUUCUACUCCAAGACCUGGAAGUUGACACCUUGGCUGCCCUGCUCCUGGAUCUGCCUCCUCCUCUCACCAUCUCAUUUCUUCUCCCGGGAUUGCAGUGGGUUCCCCCGAGGAGAGCUGACUGCCCUCUGCUGCUGCCGACCGUUUGGCAGAGUUGAGCCAAAAUGUCCCCGGAAUCUAAAAAGCUUUUCAACAUCAUUAUUUUAGGAAUUGCCUUUAUGUUUAUGUUCACCGCCUUUCAAACUUGUGGAAAUGUAGCGCAAACUGUCAUCAGGAGCUUAAAUAGCACAGAUUUUCACGGCAGUGGCUAUACCAGCAUGGCAAUUAUUUAUGGAGUGUUCUCUGCCUCAAAUUUGAUUACACCAUCAGUGGUUGCCAUUGUAGGACCUCAACUCUCUAUGUUUGCUAGUGGUUUAUUUUACAGCAUGUACAUUGCCGUUUUUAUCCAGCCUUUCACGUGGUCCUUCUACACAGCCUCUGUUUUCAUUGGAAUUGCAGCUGCUGUACUUUGGACAGCACAAGGAAACUGCCUGACAAUAAAUUCAGAUGAGCACACUAUUGGGAGAAACAGUGGAAUUUUCUGGGCACUCUUACAAUCUAGCUUGUUCUUUGGAAAUCUCUACAUAUAUUUUGCUUGGCAAGGGAAAACUCAAAUAUCAGAGAGUGACCGAAGGACAGUGUUUAUUGCCCUGACAGUGAUUAGCCUUGUGGGGACAGUACUCUUCUUUCUCAUUCGGAAACCAGAUUCUGAAAAUGUCCUGGGAGAAGAUGAAUCUUCUGAUGACCAGGACCUGGAUGUCAACGAGUCUGCCCAGAACAAUAUGACAAAGGCAGUAGAUGCAUUUAAAAGGUCUCUUAAGUUAUGUGUCACCAAGGAGAUGCUCCUUCUUAGCGUUACAACUGCUUAUACAGGUCUGGAAUUGACUUUCUUCUCUGGUGUAUAUGGAACCUGUAUCGGCGCUAUAAAUAAAUUUGGAACAGAAGAGAAAAGCCUCAUUGGACUUUCUGGCAUUUUCAUCGGCAUUGGAGAAAUUUUAGGUGGAAGCCUCUUUGGCCUGCUGAGCAAGAAUAAUCGUUUUGGUAGGAAUCCGGUUGUGCUGUUGGGCAUCCUGGUGCAUUUUAUAGCUUUUUAUUUAAUAUUUCUCAACAUGCCUGGGGAUGCCCCUAUUGCUCCUGUUGAAGGAACUGAUAGCAGUGCUUACAUCAAACCCAGCAAAGAAGUUGCCAUCUUCUGCAGCUUCCUGUUGGGUCUUGGAGACAGCUGCUUCAAUACCCAGCUGCUUAGUAUUCUAGGUUUUCUCUAUUCUGAAGACAGUGCACCAGCCUUUGCAGUCUUUAAAUUUGUGCAGUCCAUUUGCGCAGCCGUGGCAUUUUUCUACAGUAACUACCUUCUCCUUCAAUGGCAACUCCUGGUCAUGGUGAUGUUUGGGUUUUUUGGAACUGUUUCCUUCUUCACUGUGGAGUGGGAAGCUGCUGCCAUUGUAGCCCGGGGCUCUGACUACCGAAGUAUUUGAUGAAGGGUGCCCACGAGAGGAGGCUGCCUCCUCAGACAGCUCGGCUGGGCGGUAGGGCUCGGUGCAGGAGGCCCGCUCUCGUCUUCACAGUACAUUGGAGGAUGUUUAGGAUGGAAAAUCAGAGAUUUAAGACUGCUAAAUCUGCCAGAGUUGGUAUUCAAGUUUACAGAUGUUAGUUGUUUAAAACUGGUGGAAUAAGGGAGACUUGUACUGUUGAUUAUGAUUGUUCAAAGAUGUUGUUUUUCACUUCGUCUGUCUCGCGUUCCUUGUGAUCAUGUUAUAAAUGUGUAAGUGUUUUCUUCUCCCCCUGUUCUCUGAACGAUCAUGCUUUGAUUGAAACUACUAGGCCAAAAACAAAAAAAAAAAAAAAAAGAAACUACUAGGCCAUAUGUCAUAUAAAGACUCUUGCUGGGUAUGGCGUAUGUGUUACUAUGUAAUAAAAGGGAGCAUAUGCCACCCCACGCGUGUCUGGGAAUGACAUUUAAAUAAAUCGUGAUGCUGAAAUGGAAUCUUUGAAAAGAUUUGCACAUUCUUUCUCUUUAAAUGUUUUUGUUUGAUAAAGUUUUUUUACCUUGUAGUUCAUAGCAAGGGGGGGGCGCUAAUCAAGUAUUAUGAAAUGAGGUAAAAAUUGUCUUAAGUUUUAAAAACAGGAAUCUAAUAUUUGUAAAUGAACAAAAACACAUUUACUGGGGGAGGAUUUUGCUAGUAAUUUUCCUGGAGGAUGCAAUGCAUUAAAAAAAACAAACAAACCCCAAAACAUGUAGUGAGGUCUAAGCUAUGGUGGCAGGCUGCCGUCACUUACGUAUCUUCUUACAGCAAACACCAUUCCAUAAGCAUGUCUGGGAAUAGAAUGUAACUAUUUGGGGAGAUGUUUAAAUGGAAAUGUUAACUUUAAUCCAUAAGAGCUUAAAACAAUAAUUUUAAUUGAGGUAUAAUUCAGACACCAUAAAAUUCACCAUUGUAAAGUAUACAAUUUAGUGUCUUUUUAGUACAUUCACAAGGUUGUACAACUGUCACCAUUAUCUUUUCCGAACAUUUUCAUCAUCCCAAAAAGAAGCCCCAUGCCUGUUACUAGUCAUUCCCCAUUCUCUGGCCUGGCACUCACUAAUCUACUUUCUAUCUCUAUGGAUUUGCCUGUCCUGGACAUUUCAUAUAAAUGGGAAAGCUCACUUUUAAAAGUCAUGCCUAACUGUACAAAUGAAGGCUUUUAUGGCAAAGUAAAUUUAACCAAGAAGACAGACAAUAUUUUGUUUUCCAUUGUUUUUAAAAAGCUGCUUAGAAAUUUACAAAUUUUAUGGAGUGUGAUUUUCAGACUUGAUGGCAAUUGUGGGGAGUCGGAAAACUCUGUAGUUAGCUGGAACCCUUAGAGAAAUUUCAUUUGUAUGGAACACUAAACUCUUUUGCCCCAAGUUGUAAAGUUUUGGUUUUCUUUCUUGAAGUUGAGAUAAACUCAGUUGUUAGUUGAUUUUAUAUAAAUAAUUUGUAAAUGCUAUUUCAGAAUUAAUAACAAAUGAUUUUAUUAUCUCCUUAAGCACAUUAUUGUGUACCCAGCUGUGUUAGUUUUCUAUCACCACCAUAUGACAAAUCACCCCAAAACUUAGCCACUUAAAACAGCACCUAUGUAUUUUCUCACAGUUUCUGUGGGUCUGGAAUCUGGGCGUGGCUGAGCCAAGUCCUCCAGCUCAGGGUCUGUCACGAGGCUGAGGUCAAGGUGUUGGCUGUGUUCCCCCGGGGGGGGGGAGGACCUGCUUCUCAGCUCACUCGUGUGGUCCUGGACAGGAGGCAGUUCCUCCCUCGCAGCCUGUUGGACUAAGGGUCUUAGUUUCUCAUGGCUGUCCUCAGGCAGCUGUCCUCAACAAAGAAAGCAAGUGAGAAAAGCCAAAGGCAAGUGCCAGCAAGUCAGAAGUCACCAUCUUUUAUAACUUAAUCUUGAAAGUGACAUCUCAUCACUUUUGCUGUAUUCUCUUUACUAGAUGCAAGUCACUAGUUCCUGGCUGCACUCAAGGGAGGGGGCGGGGGUUACACCAGGGAGUGAGUAGGACCAGUAGUGGAUCCCCAGCACCAUCUCACAAGGCUGCCCGUCUCACGUGUCGGCUGGGAACUGGGUCCUGCACUCCCAUGUUGCUCAUUCUCCCAGGCUCGGGCUCCCUUUGCUCAUGAUGGAUCUGCAAAUCUAGGCAGCAGAGGUUAAAUAGCCUCUGUCAAUGCCACUGAGUACAUUCACCCAGGGCAGCUGUAGCCUCUUACCACCACUGGUAGGAUUCCUGGUAACUUGUCAAAAGGGAAAUGAAAUGGAGUGAGGUGAGUCUGUCAGGAACACAACUUCCAGACUGCCUCCCUCCCAUUGCUGUGUGUGAUGGUAUUCACUGUAAGUUCUGUACUCACAUUUUGUGUUUUGAGGGUUUUGUUUUUUACUCAGUUUUUGUGUCUAUAAAUAGUGUUGACCUUGGUGAGCUCUUUAUUUGACUGGUAACAGUAAGCUCAUCUUUUAAAUUUGUAUCAUUAUUUGAGUUUAAAAUGAAAUAUGAAAUAAAGAGUUUAAUUUUUAUGUUCA